AUUCCAAAAGUGCCAUCGAUUCUGCCGUGACGAGGGACAAAACUGGCAAGCCGCAAAAUGGAGAGGGACCCCAGGGUUUCCUGUUCGGCGCUCCCUGUCCCUUUCUGUGUGUCUCUCCUACCGCCGCCACCAUUUUGCCGCGCCUCAUCGCCGGCGACCUCACCGCCGGCGACGUUAUACGACAACCCAGUCCUCCUCAGUCCUCACAUCCAAGUCUCUAUCGCGUAGUGUCGCCGACCCCCUCCUCCUCCUCCUCUACUGGCAUUGUACCGGCGCGGAGGGGAGAUCCGUCCACCCUCCUAUACGGUCCUGGAUCGAUCUCACCAAUUCUAGGCAACUAACCCAAGCUUGCUCGGAGGAAUCGCUGCAGGGCCCGAGAAAUGCAGAGGGACAGCGGCGCCGGCGACGCGACGCCGGGCACCCCGAGCCCGACGCACGGCGGCCGCCUCAGGCACCGGAAGCGCUCCAGCGAGGUUCUCAGCGAUGUGAACAAGGCCAAUGGCGCCAACCUGCUCUUGAACGACCAGAACAAGUACAAGUCGAUGCUAGUCCGGACCUACUCCUCGCUGUGGAUGAUGGCUGGGUUCGUGUUCUUGAUAUACAUGGGGCAUCUCUACAUCUGGGCCAUGGUGGUGGUCAUACAAAUCUUCAUGGCCAAGGAGCUCUUCAACCUGCUUAGGAAGGCCAAUGAGGAUCGGCAGCUCCCGGGAUUUAGGAUGCUGAACUGGCAUUUUUUCUUUACUGCAAUGCUAUUUACAUAUGGCCGGUUCCUUAGCCGGCAGCUUGUCAACACUGUCACUUCAGAUAAGUUGUUGUACAAGCUGGUGAGUGGGGUCAUCAAGUAUCAGAUGUUUAUUUGCUACUUCCUCUACAUAGCAGGUUUUGUCUGGUUUAUUGUCACGCUAAAGAAAAAGGCAUACAAAUAUCAGUUCAGUCAGUAUGCAUGGACUCAUAUGAUCCUUCUGAUGGUAUUUGCGCAGUCAUCUUUCACUGUGGCAAACAUAUUCGAUGGAAUAUUCUGGUUCCUCCUACCAGCUUCAUUAAUUGCUAUCAAUGAUGUUGCUGCAUAUUUCUUUGGAUUCUUCUUUGGGAAAACACCCUUGAUUAAGCUCUCUCCAAAGAAAACAUGGGAAGGCUUUAUAGGUGCAUCAGUGACUACCAUGCUUUCUGCAUUUGUGCUUGCUAAUUUCAUGGGCCAUUUCCAGUGGUUGACAUGCCCAAGAAAGGACUUGUCAACUGGAUGGCUUCAUUGCGACCCAGGUCCCAUGUUUACACCAGAAAGUUAUAGUUUACCAGGAUGGAUGCCACAAUGGUUUCCCUGGCGAGAAGUUGCAAUUAUGCCUGUUCAAUGGCAUGCCUUAGCUCUUGGCUUGUUUGCUUCAAUAAUAGCACCAUUUGGAGGGUUUUUUGCAAGUGGCUUCAAGAGGGCAUUCAAAUUUAAGGAUUUUGGGGACAGCAUACCUGGCCAUGGUGGAUUUACAGAUAGGAUGGACUGCCAAAUGGUCAUGGCUGUCUUUGCAUACAUCUAUUACCAAUCAUUUGUGAUGGUACAGGACCUAUCUGUUGAGACCAUCCUGGAGCAGAUACUAAGGAAUCUCACCGUCGAGGAGCAGCAUGAUCUAUAUGAACAGCUAGGCAAGUUACUGGCGCGAGCAAACUGAUGCUAACAUAGACGUUGUGCAUGCACCAGAUCCAAAAGGAUAUGUGCAGUGCUUUUUCCCGGCCGUGUUUUAGUGAAUCUGCUUGUACAGCCCUAACACCCCUAAGAACAAAAUGGAAAGAGAAAACCACAACACUUAACAGGAGUUGCACCGCUGUAUGAUGUUUUGGAGUAUACAGCUCCUGCGUCCUUCUGAAUGA